AGUCGAGUGGCUGACCAUGGCGACCGUGGCGGAGCAGUGGGUGCUGGUGGAGAUGGUGCAGGCGCUGUACGAGGCUCCAGCAUAUCAUCUUAUUCUGGAAGGAAUUCUAAUACUUUGGAUAAUCAGACUUGUUUUCUCUAAAACUUACAAGUUGCAGGAGCGUUCUGAUCUUACAGCCAAGGAAAAGGAAGAGCUGAUUGAAGAGUGGCAACCAGAACCUCUCGUCCCUCCUGUCUCAAAAGACCAUCCUGCUCUCAACUACAACAUCGUUUCUGGCCCUCCAACCCACAACAUCGUGGUGAAUGGGAAAGAAUGUAUAAACUUUGCCGCCUUCAACUUUCUUGGGUUGCUGGUCAACCCUCGGGUGAAGGCUGCAGCUUUGGCAUCUUUAAAGAAAUAUGGUGUGGGCACCUGUGGCCCAAGAGGAUUUUAUGGCACAUUUGAUGUCCAUCUGGAUUUGGAAGAGCGUCUGGCAAAAUUUAUGAAGACGGAAGAAGCCAUCAUUUACUCGUAUGGAUUUUCCACCAUAGCCAGUGCGAUUCCUGCCUAUGCGAAAAGAGGAGACAUUGUCUUCGUGGACAGUGCAGCCUGCUUUGCUAUCCAGAAAGGACUGCAGGCAUCACGCAGUGACAUUAAGUUGUUUAAACACAAUGACACAGCUGACUUGGAGCGACUGCUGAGAGAACAAGAGAUUGAAGACCAAAAGAAUCCUCGAAAGGCUCGUGUGACUCGGCGGUUCAUCGUUGUGGAAGGCCUGUAUAUGAACACCGGAACCAUCUGCCCUCUUCCAGAACUGGUUAAACUAAAAUACAAAUAUAAAGCAAGAAUCUUUUUGGAGGAAAGCCUUUCAUUUGGAGUCCUUGGUGAACACGGGCGAGGAGUCACUGAGCACUAUGGGAUCAGUAUUGACGACAUCGACCUUAUCAGUGCUAACAUGGAGAACGCGCUCGCAUCUGUGGGGGGCUUCUGCUGCGGCCGCUCAUUCGUGGUUGACCAUCAGCGGCUCUCUGGCCAAGGAUACUGCUUUUCAGCCUCAUUGCCUCCCCUGCUGGCUGCGGCCGCCAUGGAAGCCCUCAAUAUCAUGGAGGAAAAUCCAGGCAUUUUUGCAGUUUUGAAGGAAAAAUGCCAGCACAUCCAUACAUCUCUACAAGGCAUUUCUGGUUUAAAAGUAGUGGGGGAGUCCCUUUCCCCAGCGCUUCACCUCCAGCUGGAAGAGAGCACAGGGUCCCGGGAGAAGGAUAUGAAGCUGCUCCAGGAAGUCGUAGAUCGCUGCAUGAGCAAGGGCAUCGCAUUGACCCAGGCACGCUACUUGGACAAGGAAGAGAAGUGCCUUCCUCCUCCCAGCAUCAGGGUUGUGGUCACAGUGGAGCACACAGACGAAGAGUUGGAGAGGGCUGCGUCCACCAUCAGAGAAGCGGCCCAGGCUGCGCUGCUUUAGGCUGCGGCCCAGUGCUUCCUGCCGCGUCACCUGCAGGCGGAACUGUGCAGAGACCUCCAGCUGGCCAGAGAGUAGGCUGCUGCCCAGUGUAGCUGUGGCUGGAGCGCACAGCCUCCAAUGGAUGGUUUUUAUAAGGCAGGAGCUGACUUUAGAGGACAACAGAUGACAGCAAAUCACUGCUGUUUACACUGUGCCAUGUGGUCUGUCGGGAUGCUUCACUCUCUGUCAUUUAUAUUUGCUUUUCUUUCACUGGAGCUUCGGUUUCCCCUCUGCGUCUGUGGGAAUGAUCCAAUGUGCACCCCUCCAUAUUCUGUUGCACCAAGAGGAGCUCUCCGUGUGCCACAGUGACUGGGAGGCUGGUUCGACUGUGACUUCCCGAACCCCGCAGGUAGAGCGCAGGGGUGGCUGCUGCGCGGAGAAAUCUCUGUGCAUUAUAGAUGCCACUUAACAUAUUUGAUCAUAGAUCUUUAUAUGCACUAGUUACUAUGUGGUCAUUUCUAAUCUGAGCUUCACUAACAGAAAAUAGUCAUACUUCUCCCUAAGCAAUAAUCUGAGUCAAACGUUAUUUUAUUUUUGGGUAAUUGACUUUACACUUUUUAUAUAGUCUCUAGUCGGUUUUAGGUAGAGGGUUAUUAUUCUGGUCCCCAAAUACAAAUCAUGCCCUUGGUAUUUUUGAAUAUGUCAGAUGUCCGUUUUCAUGGUGGUUUUGUCCAGGAGCAUAGACGUGUGGGCUUUUUCUAAGCUGAGAAAAAUGAGAACUGUGUUCUUUUCACUUUAUAAAUUCCAGAUGCCCCAGCAAGAUAGGACUGCUAUAAAAGCAGUUCCAAGCUGCACACUGGCUGCCGUUCUCCUCAGCCAGCAUAUUGGGUGGUGUAAAGGCUUGUGAUAUGUGCCACGGAGUGUGUACAUGGAAGGCCGUUAUGCCUUCUCUUUUUGCACAGGCAGAGGAAUUGGGUCAUUUAAACGUCGUUUUAUGAUGUGCAUUUGUGUCAACGGUAGAUCGGCAUUUUAAGUGAUCUGUGACAUUUUUAAUGUUUCUAUUUCAUACGUGCCUUGUGAUUGCUGCUGCUGUGAGGGUCCUGUUGGGGAGAAGUCUGUUUUGUUUUCGUUUUUAAUGAAAUAAACCUCCAACAGCUUACAUUCCUGAAAA